AUGGCGCGGCAAGUCUGCCUGGGGCCACCCAAACUACGUCCGCAGAAGUGUCUGUCACUCUCCAUCCACGUUAAAGCCAGCUAUAGGAGCGGCACUAAUGCUGAGCAGGCCCAUCGCCGCGCAGUCCUUGAAAUAAUGAACAAAUAUAUCUCAAUUCAAAAGGUCCGUUUCAGCAAAACCGUAGUGGGUGUUCAACAGCAUCCAGGCAAGGUCAUCUUGAAGUUUGCAGAUGGCGGUACUGCUGAGGCUAGUAUCCUUGUUGGCGCCGAUGGUAUUAAAAGUACGGUGAGGAAGCAUGUUUUGGGACCGUUGUAUACCAGCCAGGUUGAACCGGUGUAUGGCAACUCGUAUUGCUACCGAGGUAUGAUUCCAAUAUCUGAAGCCAAAGAGAUAUUUGGAAAUCUAACCGACGUGGCCAAGAUGUACGUGGGCGAAAAGCGCUGUUGUGUCACGUAUAUGAUUUCGAAAGGCGAGCAAUUCAACUUCCUCCUCUGCGCGCUGGAUGAUAAGCCGUGGGGACUCAAGAACUCAGUGUCUCAGAAGAUCAGCCAUGGGGCCAUGAUGGCUGACUUUGAAGGCCCCGAAGUGGACGAACGAUUCCGCCGCUUGCUGAGGGAGGCCAGACCGGUGAAGUGGGGAUUCUUACAUCAUCGGUACACGUCGACAUAUUAUCGUGAUCGGGUCGUGCUUCUGGGUGACAGCGCCCAUGUGUCUCUGCCGUUCCAGGCCGCUGGUGCUGGUCAGGGCUUAGAGGAUUCCUUGAUACUCUCUAACCUUCUGGCCAGGAUAUAUCACGCCCCUGACCAAGGCGCAGCACUGGCGCCAUAUAUUUCUGCCGGCCUUGUAGCGUAUGACGCUAUUAGGCGGCCAAGGGCUCAGAAACAAUUAGAGCGGGCGUAUGAAAUGAGCCACAUGCUUCACUUCCAGCACCCGGAAACUGGCAAAACACUUGAUAAAAUAGCUUCAAAACUGCAAAGACAAUGGUUUGACUGGAUCUGGUUUCAUGACCUGAAUGCAGACAUUGACGCUGCAUUCCACAAAAUUUACGAGGCCUUGAAUGCGUAA